AUGGAAGAAAACACGGCUGAUCGGGAAGCGUCAACAGCGGACAUUGACGCGUCCCGUACUGGGGAAGCUUCUGACGUCGAGGGAUCGGUGCGGAAAAAGGGAAAGCAUCGCCGCCGUUCGAAGAAGUCUAGCAAGGACGCGGCAGCGAAGACGGACGAAGCGAAGCAAGCCGGAGAGAACCAGGGCCGAUCAUCACAGGAACCAGGGCCCAGCGACAGGAGUUCGAGCAGCAAGAACGAAACCACGGAGAAGAGUUCUGGCUCACGGAGGCGAAAGAAACGUUCGCGAGGCAACUCCGUGUCGGAGCAGCCGCCUCCUGCUGCCGCGGAGGAAGCUCAAGAUCGGAAAGACGGGGACAUCGCGGCUAAUGUGCCGUCUUCGACGCCUAGCGUCGCAAAGGUCGAGGCUCCGCCAGCGGGACCAGAGGAGACCGCGCCACGGCAAUAUGCUGCCGAAAGCCCGGAGGAAAAAAGACAGCGGUACCAAAUCUUCAACGACGUGACCAAGACAGUGGCCCUGAUUGCCAGCCUCGCCAUUGUAAUCAUCAUUAUAAUUCUUGGACCGAAUGGCACCAUUCCCAGCGAUCACCCGACGUGCACGACCGAAGGCUGCACCCUCUACGCACAGAGGCUUCUCGCGUCGCUGAACGCAUCUGCCGCGGACCCCUGCUACAAUUUCAAGGAAUUCGUAUGUGACGGCUGGAAACGCCGGAACGCCUACAGCGUUCGCCAGAACAUGACGGUGACGGCACUCGACGCACUGACCGAGCUGGCUCACAGUGCGCACGUGCCGCUCAAAGGUCAGACGACUGCCCAGAAGGGCCUAGCCUUCUUCCGGAGCUGCGACGCCGUCCUCAAGAAGGACAGGAACGAAUUGGCGACGGUGAAGAAGAUGCUGGCCGAGGCGAAGAUCGAAUGGCCUCGACGACCCACGCAGCCGGACGUACUGUACACGCUCUUUUAUUCGUCCAUUCGACUGCGGUGGAGCCCGAUAUUCAACAUCGAAAUAGAAACAACAGACACUUACGCGACCCGGGUGUUCCUGAUGCCGCACGAAGAUUUCGAUCUCGUGGCGCGCAAGUACACCUCCCUGAAGAAAGCUGAAGCCACCGAGAGGCGCGCCUACUUCGAUGUCCUCGGCGACGAAUUCGGAGCGUCCGCGGCCGACCAGACGGUGGUGAGCUUCAAAGAAGUGGAGAACUCCGGACAGGUCAUGCUGGAACCGCUCCUGGACGCUCUGGCGAAGGAGAGGAAGCCGACGGCCAUCAGCACCGCGUGGCUCUACCGGCCGGGAGCCGAUCCGAGCAAAGCGCGCUGGCAAUCGGUACUCGCUUCGUACGGUGUCAAGGGUAACGAGACGGUCAUCUACGAGACAGAGACACUGCCGUUCGUCACGGAGUUCUUCAACCUGUGGGCGAGGUACGGCGAGGCCAUGAUCGAAGUCCUCGUGUCCUGGUGCACCGUGCAGGUGGCCGCGCUGUACGCCAAUCAGCGGCUCGUCGCCAACUACUACGGCACGCAAGACGCGGCGAUGCUCCGGUACGGCGCCUUCUGCCUCAGCAAGGCCUACCUCAUCGCGGGUUUCUCCGUGUUUGCUCCGUACGUCGGCGAAGAAGUGACACAGCCAGAUCGCCGCGAUGUCGAGGAUAUCGCGCUUUCGGUGCGUCGAGCAUUUCACGCGAGGCUCAUGACGUGGGAGCACUACGAGCCGGAAAGGACCGUUGUUGGCGACUGGGAUUCAGUGUCGUUUGUCUUCAGGCCUUUCGACGGCGAAGACAUGGGCGUUAGCAACGUCACUCGUUCCUACCCGGACAUGGGGGAGUCGCUUGCCGAGAACUGGAGAAACGCCGCGGUGCCACUCGAAAUCAUACGGUCGGACAAGGCGUACGCCGCCCUGAAAUCUCUUAAGCUGCACGUUUUGCUCGACUACGACUUCCUACUCUUGCCAUUCGCCGCCGCUUUUCCGUACUAUCAUCCCAACGCCACCAGACCAAUGAAGUACGGCGGCGUCGGCAAGGAAGUGGCGUUAGCUUUGAGCGAAGCGUUUUUAGACACCUACGCCCGUUUUGACGACGCGAAAAAGGCUAUUGAUAGCGCCUCCAUCUGUAUGACCGGUGCACCGGACUCCCACAGCAACCUGGAAGCGAUCGCGCUUCAUGCCCUCUUCGACGCCUUCAACAACGCUUCGAGUGAUAAAGAUGUUCGGCUGCCAGGACUCGAGGAUUACACGGCGUCGCAGAUUUUUUUUAUAGCUUCAUGCUACGCGAAGUGCUCGGGAAGUUCUGGAGACACUGACGAAGACUGCAAUGUGGCGUUCAGGUACGUCAGUGCUUUCGCUGACGCCUUCAAGUGUCCUCCAUUGACUUAUAUGAACCCCGCCGAUCCCUGUCACCUCUUCUGA